AUGGCUUGGUCUUCUGUUCUAAAGGAAUUACUUCUUCUUGGGAAUAUCAUGCUUAGCUUCAUAUUACCAUCUAGCACAACGGCUGUUAGAUUUACAAAUGAAACAGAUCGACUGGCUUUGCUGGAAUUCAAGGAGAGGAUCGCUGAAGACCCACUCGGAGCUCUGAGUUCAUGGAACUAUUCAACCCACUUCUGUCAAUGGAGAGGAAUUACCUGUAGCCGACGGCAUCAGAGGGUCAUAGCCUUGAAUUUAGAGUCGCAGAGCUUGGCCGGGAUUGUUUCCCCUCACAUCGGAAACCUCAGCUUCCUUAGGAUUAUCACCCUCCAGAACAAUAGCUUCCAUGGGAAAAUUCCACCGGAGAUCGGUCGUUUGUUCCACCUGCGAAGUCUCACACUCAGCAACAACUCCUUUGAGGGUGAGAUUACAACCAACCUGACUUACUGUAAAAGCCUCAGGCUCCUCAAUUUGGUCGACAAUAAGCUUGUUGGUAAAAUCCCAAACGAACUCAGCACUCUAUCAAUGCUUUUGGGACUAGGCCUUUCUUCUAACAAUCUUACAGGAAACAUCCCACCCUCUCUAGGGAACCUUUCGUCUUUAGCAGAAAUUUCUAUAGGUUAUAACAAUUUGGAGGGAAGCAUCCCUGACGAUCUUGGACGAAUCACGGGCUUAGAAUUUAUUGUAGUUUCUAGUAAUAACCUUGUAGGUACAAUUCCUCCUAGCCUCUACAAUCUAUCCAACAUUUCUACAUUUUCAGUCUAUGAUAAUCGAUUACAUGGAGAAAUUCCUGGAGAUAUAGGCCUCAUUCUUGCUAAUCUCCAAUGGUUAUCUGUUGGAAAUAACUUGUUUACAGGAACCAUUCCAGUCUCACUAACCAAUGCUUCGAGACUUGAGUAUAUAGACUUUAGUAGUAAUGAAUUCACAGGACCAGUCCCAGACAAUCUAGGAAUGUUGCCAAAUCUUUACAGAAUCCAAUUGAGUGAAAAUAAGCUCGGAACAACAGAUGGAAAUGACAUGAAUUUCAUAUCUUCCUUAACAAACAGUACAAGAUUAAAAUUGAUAGUCACAGAUGUCAAUCAUCUUAGAGGUUCACUGCCCAACUCCAUGGCUAAUCUAUCCACCCAGCUCACUACCCUGUAUUUGGCAGAUAAUCUUAUAUAUGGAAGCAUCCCUUCAGGUAUUGGAAACCUCUUCAAUAUGGAGGACUUGAACAUGGAGUUCAAUGAUUUCACAGGCAAAAUUCCAAAGGAAAUUGGGAAGCUUCAUAGGUUGCAGAGAUUGUACUUGAAUGAUAAUAGGAUCUCAGGACAAAUUCCAUCUUCAAUUGGUAAUUUGACCCUGUUGAGCGUUCUCGAAAUUAGAGACAACAGCUUAGAUGGUCCCAUUCCUCACACUCUUGGAAAUUGUCAACAGUUGUCAAGCGUGGGCCUUUCUCAUAACAACCUUAAUGGCUCAAUACCCAAAGAAAUCCUCUAUCUUUCCACCAUUUCAGAUUAUCUCUACCUUAGUCACAAUGCUUUGACUGGCCCUCUGCCAUCAGAAGUAGGCAACUUGAAGAACCUUGUCAAGUUAGACAUUUCUAAGAACAAAUUAUCAGGAAACAUUCCUGACACGCUUGGGAAUUGUUUGCUUUUAGAGAAUCUUUACAUUCAAGACAACCUCUUUGAAGGCAUGAUUCCACAGUCUCUGAGCUUAAUGAGAGGUCUACAAGACUUGGAUUUUUCGCAUAAUAAGUUGUCAGGAGAAAUACCAGAAUUCCUUGGAACACUUCCUUUCCUCACCUAUUUGAACCUGUCAUUCAAUGAACUCCAAGGUGAAGUUCCAAAACAUGGGAUCUUCAGGAAUGCAAGUGCGGUUUCAGUUGCUGGAAAUCAGAAACUCUGUGGAGGUAUAGCUGAAUUAAGGCUACCCACAUGCAUCAUCACAGCCUCCUCCAAGAGAAAGAGCCACUCUCUGCUUCUCAAAGUAAUAACCCCAGUAGUUUUUAUGGUACUUGUCUUAAUUCUAUUGUUAUCUUUCAUUUUUAGGCGUUAUUUGAGAAGGCCUCGCAGAAAUGAACAGUCUCCUGCACCACCAUUUCCUCAGCAUUUAACAGUUUCUUAUGCAGAGCUCUUUAAAGCAACAAAUGGUUUUUCUGAGGCCAAUUUGAUUGGUGUUGGAAGUUAUGGCUCUGUAUAUAAGGGAAUACUAGACGAAAAUGAUGAAACCUUGAUUGCAGUGAAGGUUCUCAAUCUUGAUCAAAGAGGAGCUGGAAAGAGUUUCAUCUCUGAAUGUGAGGCCUUGAAAAAUAUUCGGCACCGGAACCUUGUCAAGAUCUUAAGUACCUGUUCCAGUAUUGACUUCCAUGGUAAUGAGUUCAAAGCUCUGAUAUUUGAGUUCAUGCCUAAUGGAAGUCUUGAGAAAUGGUUGCAUCCAGAAGCAGAUGGGCAGCAAGUAUUGAAAAAACUUAGCUUUAUGGAGAGACUGAACAUAGCCAUUGAUAUAGCUUCUGCACUGGAAUAUCUACACCACCAUUCCCAUGCAACAAUAGUUCAUAGUGAUCUCAAACCAGGCAAUGUUCUGCUGGAUGAAAAACUGACAGCCCAUCUGAGUGAUUUUGGACUAGCAUAUGUUCUUUCUGAGUUCUCUAGCAGUUCGGCAUCAAAUGGAACAAACUCUGUUGCAAUGAAGGGAUCUAUUGGGUAUAUUGCUCCAGAAUAUGCUAUAGGUGGCAAAGUGUCUACACAUGGAGACAUUUACAGUUACGGAAUACUACUGCUGGAGAUGUUUACAGGGAAGAGACCAACUGAUGAAAUGUUCAAGGAUGGCCUAAACCUUCAUUGUUUUGCUAAGAAAAUGGCUUGCCCAGAGAGAGUGAUGGAGAUCAUGGAUCCACACCUGCAGAUGAAAGAAGAUACAAGAGGUAGAACACUAGAAUGGUUGGUCUCAGUUGUGAAAAUUGGGGUUGCUUGUUCGAUGGACUCACCAAGGGAUCGAUUGGAGAUCAGAGAUGUUGUCACCAAAUUACACUCUAUCAGGAAAGUUUACGAAGGGGUGGGUACUCAUGAAGAUAUAACUAUCCUAGCUCCACGCUAGGAUAGUUACUUCUUACCUUGGCAACUACAAUGGGCAUUCAAGUCAGUUCGUGCCUAUAUUCUGCCGAAUCAAAUCUGUUUGUCUUAGUGAUUAGAAUUUUUGUGAAAGAACUAUUAUAUAUGGAUACGUACCCAAAUAAUCUUCACAUGUCGUUAGUUCGUUACAGAUAAUAUGCCUGUUGAUAAUGUCUAGUAGUGAACUGGAUUCGUCCAAUAAACCAAUUUGAU